AUGGCGGCUGUAAGACAGCCUCAGACUGCGGCCGCUCUGUCACCGGCGGAGAUGGAGUUGAAAUCAAUGUGGCAGGAAGCCGAACUCGAGUUCGGCCAGUUGACCAGGCGCAGUUUAAGAACAGACCGAGAGAAGCGCCUGGAUGAUGUUCUCGCAGAACUCGACAAAAAAUAUCGAGCUCCAGAGGAUACUGGUAAAAAGGCGAAGUUUCGGGCCACUGUCGCACAGGUACUCAGCUGCAUCCAACUGCUGGGCGGUUUGGCCGCAGAAGGUGCAUCGAUCGUGUUCGGACCCGCCACUCUAUGCUUCAAUGCCAUAUCGUUCUUGAUUGACGUCCCGGGAAAGAUCGCCAGUGUCUACGAGGGUGUCGGUAGCCUGUUCGAGGAAAUCUCACAUUUUCUUGUCCUAUUCAAGAUCUAUGGGCAUUACACCACGCUGGACCCCGAACUUAGAGAUGGCAUUCACAAGCUUAUGAUGUCUAUGAUCCGGAUCUGCGGAUUGUCGAUCAAAAUCAUCGAGGGUGGGCUCCUUCAUCACAUAAAGAUCGGAGCGAAAGUCACCUUUUUGAAUGAUGACAGUGGUGUCAGGGCUGAGCUCGACAAGUUCAAAGCUCUGAUUGGCAAGCAAAGUAACGUCACAGAGGCCGUCACCCUGCAACACGUCCUCAGCAGCGAAGGCAAGCUGGUGGAGGUCCUCAACACUCAGUAUGAGAAUGCCGAGAAGCUCAGCAAUCUGGAAGGGAAUAUGAACAUCGUCGUUGCGGAUGUGACCGACCGCAGGAUGCAAGUCAUCCUCUCGGAGCGGGUGGAGCAGAUGGCGACGAUGUUGUCUAUGACCAGGGACUCUGCCGAAGAAGCGAGGAAAUUGACGCUAAACAUGAUAGAUAAUCUUCUUCCAGGGAGUGGACAGUGGUUGCUGGACGAUGAGGACUACAAAGAGUGGAAGAGCCCUCUUAAAGACACGAUCCCUCUGCUUCUUCUGUCGGGAGAUCCAAAGACUGGCAAAUCUUCCCUGUUGGCAAGUAUCGAGAAAGACCUGCGCAUAACUACCACUACCCCGGAUGUUGCCAUUGCGUAUCAUACAUUCACCGGACGAGAUGCGAAAGGCUCGAAAGACAAAAACAAGGACGAGUUAGUGUUCGCACUCAAGUCAAUGGCCCUCCAAUUGGCUGGCCAGUAUAGACCUUAUGCCAAAGAGAUGGCCGCUCUCAAAGAAGGGUUCAAGCCGCCUGAGGUCGGCAAAGAGAAAGAUCCCAUCGAGAAGCUAUGGUGGGACAAGCUGCAUUUUUCGAGAUAUUCCCAAACAAAGGACGAGGCCAAUUUCGUUCUGGUCUUCGAUGGACUUGACGAGUUGUCAGAGACGAACCGCGCAAGAUUUCUCAAACUCAUCAAGACCAUCCGGGACGAAGCUCGCACUCCGACCAAGACAGUUCGACAACAUAUGCGCAUCAUCGCGGCGGGCGACGCGAAAGUGUUUGAGAACAGAUUUGAAACCAUAGAGAUUUCCGCACGCAAUUCGUCCGACAUCAGCUUGUACAUUGAGGAAGAACUGAAAACCACUGAAGCUCUACAGGGACAACAUGCGGAAAUGCUCGCGCUACUCCAAGAGGUCCGUGAAAGUCUGCCGGCUGUCGCACAGGGGUCUUUCUCUGUUGUCCAACAAAAGCUGGAAAGGAUCAAGGAGGCCGUCGACUCCGACGCGUAUCUGGAUGAUGUUCGGACUAUCUUGUGGGAGGACCCUGCUGAAGAUUCAGGAAAAUUGGCCAAGAAGGUCCUUGGCGACCUCAACGCCAGUCUCAACGCCCACGAGAUUGCCGAGUUGAGCGUGCUGCUGCAUUGGUGCGUCUUCGGAUUCGAAUUUCUCACAACGGAUGAACUGAGAGCCACCGUCUUCUUGAAUACGGGAAAGUCUUCGUUGCAACCAUUCGAGAGAAAGCUCAGAAAGAAAUACACGAAAGUGCUCAAGAUUGAAGGGGACCAAGUGUUGGUGGAGCCGGAGAUUGCACGACUAUUCACUCUUCAGGGGAGCUCCAGGUGGGACAAUGAGACCUCCUCGAGCCUCGACAACGCCAGAAUCACCAUGACUGUAUCUAUCAAUCAAGCGGACGUGCGCACAGUGCAACAAUUCUUCUGGGAUCUGACUGAGCGUGUCGGCAUUGGCAAGUUCGAUUUCCUCACCAUGUCCAACAACGAUAGCAAGGGCACCGUCCGCACCGAUAGGGCUCAGGCGCACUACCAUAUUACAGAGCAAUUGCUGAGACUUUUAAACGACGAGCCCCACGAGAAGACGCAAUGCCUUGUUCCGUAUGCGAUGCGAGAACUUCCCUCGCACCUCAAGGAGGUCUACGACUCGUUGGGCACAGUUGAGCUGGAGGCUACCCAGCGAAGGAACAUAGCCAAAAGCCUUGUAGACCUCCUGGCCGAUGUGGAGGGUAUAGAGAGGUUCUGGAGCGCCGAGAAUGUAGUAUCCUGGGACUGGUUAGAGCCCAAAAACGCAGCCGUCGUCGAAAAUUGGCUGACCGACUCAAAUACGGUUACUGCACUCCAACCGCGAGAGCGACGAUGGGUAAGGAAUCACACAGCAUCCACUGAGGGCAAGGGAGGUGUUUUCAAGCCCAUCACUUUAAUGGUGGCAAGACGUUGGCUCCGCGAUCGUACUUGGUGGGCGAGUUCAGCAUUUAUGUGGAUCCAUAAAUACUUGCUACUGGUAGGCUCCAUCCCUCACACAAGGGAUGUUGACAUACUAACCAGCCGGCAGCAAAACUCAAAUGAGGUGCAGGAAGCCGAUGCGGUGUACGUCAAGGCUACGAUAGAGCCUCAAGAGACCGUGGAAGGUACAUCUGGACCAGAAAGUAUUGCUGCGCCAGAACGAUCGCUCGAGGAGGACGUCUUUGAUGCUGCAGCAUGGGUGCAGCAGGCCCUGUCGCUCAACGAUGCGAACCUGGACGCAUUAUGGUACGAGCGUAUUGCGGAGACUUUUGCCCAAAACUAUGAACCUGCGGCCGCAAAGCAACAAUGUGAAAAAGCGAAAGAUCUAGGUGGUGGGUGGUCGGUCGAUGAGAUAUGGGCAGUGGCUGUGGAGAAUAUGAGUCAAGAUGAGGGUGACCUCGUGAGGAAGGAAGAGUUAAGAACAUUGGCAUGUUCCAGGCUUGAGACGGUCGUCGAACACCUGAGGUCGUCUUUUCAAACACCCGAGGCGGAAGAUGAUGCGCGACAGAGCCUUGUACGAAACCUAGUGAGACUGGCAGAUUGGCAGGCAGAACUGAAAUGCCUCGAUCGCGCAUUCACACUGUACGAGGAAGCGCUCGCCAUGGACCAGGGGAACCAUUUCACCCGUGGCGUACUCCUCAAAGCCAUCUAUGCGGAGCAAAGAGAAGAAGAAGCCAGGAACAUGCUAGCUCGGAUGGUCAACCAAAAGGAAUCGUCGUCAAAUCUGGACCUCUUCGCGGCCUUUCUCUUGUAUCUUGCUGUGAACCAGAACACAUCCUUCUCACUGGACCCGCUUACCAUCAUCAUAUUCCUGGGUCAGCCGGAUAAAGCUUUCAACAGUCACGUCCUCAAAGCCAUCGAAACGGCGAUUGCCGACAUUAGGGGGAGCAAUGCGAUCACUGAAGGUGUGCUCCUUCUAUAUCAGGGCGUAUGUCUGGCCCGGGGUACCUCAGAGGAGUCACACAUUCAACAAGCCAUCCGAUGCUGGGACGACUGCCAAUCUCUAUACAUCCCAUCAAGCUACGACUUGGAAACGACCCGUGAAAUGGCCGCACGCUUUGUAGCGCAGCAUUUCUUCCACCAAGCCAGGAAUCCAGAGAUCUCGCCGGAAGAACGAGAGCAGAACUUCCGACAACUUCUCAGAGUCAACCGCCCCGCCUCGCUAUGGCCUAGUAGCUUUCAACCCACCUCCUAUCUGGCAUCUUACUACGUUCUACAGGGUCAAGUAGAAGAGGCACGGAAGCUAUUCAGGGAGGAUAUGAUUGCGGCGCUUGUCAUCUUGUCCGACCAUGAUCCGGACAACGAUGUCUUCGGGUAUAAGACUAUGGCCAACAUCCUGAUGCAUACGGGCGACGACCUCAACGCGCUGAGUGCAUGGUCAUUGCUCGGACCUGAUGACGUUUUCAAGAUCCCCGACCAGGAAGCGGACGCCAACAGAGGCUCCGAUAGCACUAAGCCGCAGGAGCUUGAGGGCUUUGGUGACGCCGAGGGGGUAGAAGUUGAGGCCUCAUGCAUCGACGAAGACGCUGUCAUCAAGGAUGCUGGUGACCGUAAUGGUCCAAUCUCGUAUAGUUGCGACGGCUUCUGCGAACACAACUGGUGGUACGCCAACGAUCUCUAUGUGUGUCGAUACUGCCCGGACACGCAAUUUACCGAGGACUGUGUGCAGAAGCUGAAGGCUAACAAGUUGGAACGAUACAUAUGUGAUCCUGGACACAGCUGGCUUCACGUGCCGAAAUGGUCUGAUCAAGAUGCUCUAGAAGUUGGGCAGGGUAAAGUUCGUGCGCAUGGGCAACUUGUGGAUGGAAAGAGAGUUGGUGGAGACAUCGUCGAGAUACAGCAGUGGCUGAAUGAGAUUCGAGGCAUUUGGCGUCUGCCAAAGCUAGAGGAGCCGGUCACAUAG